UUUUUUUUUUUGUUUUUUAUUUUAGAACUAUUUAGGAUGGGUUUGCGACUUGAACUCCCAAAUACUUGGGAGAGUAACCGCUGCUUUAAGCAGCCAAGUCUAAUUCGGCCCAAUUUAAUUCGGUCCAAUUUAUAAUCUAUUCAUACCAUAUGAACUCUUCCGUACAACACAAAACCCUCGCCAUUGUCCCAGCUCCCCUAUUCGGCCGCUCCAAGCCUCCACCCGAUCGAGAUUCCUGAGGAUAGAAAAAGCAGAGGAAAAAAGGGGGAAAACCUAGGACAAAUCUACGAAAACAAAGGAAAGACGGAAAAAAAUUAACAGCAAAAAGUUGAAGAUAAGCUUCUACCAUGCUUCUCAUGGACAAGAAUUCCAUCCAAAGGACACACUAUGAUGUUUUGUCAGUGAGAGAGGAUGCUAGCUAUGAUGAAAUCCGAGCUGCUUACAGGACUGCUAUCCUUAGUUCUCAUCCUGAUAAAUUACAUGGGAAACUAGAUGUAUCAGAUCUUCAACACAAACAAGAAGAAAAAUUCCUGGAUGUGCAGAAGGCAUGGGAAGUUCUUUCUGAUUCCAAGUCCAGAGCAAACUAUGAUAGGGAGCUGCAAGCCUGCGGGCAGGUAGUGGAGGUUGUGUACAAUGAAGUCGAAUUAGGGGACAUGGCAAUGGAGACCGUAGGUGAUGUUCAAGAGUUCUUCUAUCAGUGCCGCUGUGGUGAUUAUUUCUUGAUCACGUCAUUGGAGCUUGGGGAGAUGGGCAUCUCAUUGCAUGAGAAUGGAGUAGAAGUACAGACAUCAGCUGAGCUGUCACCAUCCUCAGUUCUUCUUCCCUGUGGUUCUUGUUCACUUAAAAUCCGUCUUAUUAUAGAUGCGAAUCAUUGAGUUUUUUGUGUACUGCCUUGUGUUGUUUGUAGUGUUUGCAAGUGGGAUCUCAAAGUUUUGACUAGAAAUGGUUCCUACUCAAACUUAUACUUGCUCCUGAAGGAUCUUGUUAUAUUUUUGAGUAUGGUGAACACAAGCUUCAAGAUCCCGACCUGAUUCAUUGGGGGAAUGGGGCAGUAUUUUUGUGCUAUGACCAACUUGAAACAAAAUCUAGUACUGUCAGUUCCUAAGAUGUUACUGAGUUGGCUUUUGUUAAGGCCUGUAAAAAUCCACCUUCUCUUCUGAUGCUUCUUGUAUCCUGUUAAGGGUUGCUGCAUGAUAGAGUAACGCAGAAGAAUUUCUAAAGAAA